UGUGUCCUACACCAGACAGACCCUUGAUCCAGAAGAUAUGGUCUUAUUCACUUGAAAUAGAACAACUCUUUUUUAUUUACCAUCGACAAACUGACUUAUUUCCGACAUUGGUGUUGAUAUUGUAAGAGCUGAAAUGUCGAAUGUCACCUACCACAUUUCCAACUUGUUGGAAAAAAUGACUUCCACCGACAAAGACUUUCGGUUCAUGGCCACAAAUGAUCUAAUGAUGGAAUUGCAAAAGGAUUCCAUAAAACUGGAUGAAGACAGUGAGAGAAAAGUAGUGACCAUGCUCCUGAAGCUGCUAGAGGACAAAAAUGGGGAAGUUCAGAACCUGGCUGUCAAGUGUCUUGGUCCUCUUGUGGGCAAAGUGAAGGAAUAUCAGGUGGAGAUGAUGGUAGAUACGUUGUGCUCCAACAUGGUGUCUGACAAAGAGCAGCUACGUGACAUCUCUAGCAUGGGGCUAAAGACGGUUAUUGCUGAGCUCCCCCCACCAACUGCAGGUUUGUGUCUGACAGCUAAUGUCUGUAAAAAGAUCACAGCCCAGCUGAUUGGUGUCAUGGGAAAACAUGAUGAUGUGUCUGUGCAGCUAGAAGCCCUGGACAUUCUUUCUGAUAUGCUAGGAAGGCUUAGCAGCACGUUAGUUGGUUUCCACCAGUCAAUCUUGGCCAGUCUUCUUCCACAACUGACCAGCCCUCGCAUGGCAGUGAGAAAACGUGCCAUUAUGGCGCUCGGGCAAUUGGUGCCAAGUAGUAGCCCUGCAAUCUUCCUGCAACUCACUGAGCAUCUCAUGAGUGAACUAUCACGAGGAGCUACUGCUGCAAACACACGUACCUAUAUCCAGUGCCUGACUGCCAUUAGCCAGCACGGAGGGCACAGAAUUGGGGAGCAUCUGGAGAAAAUUAUUCCAAUGUUGGUAAAGUUCUGCAAUGUGGAAGAUGAUGAACUGAGGGAGAAUUGCUUUCAGGCAUUUGAAGCCUUUGUUCGCAAAUGCCCCAAGGAAAUGUCUCCUCACAUUCCAAUGGUAAUUAACUUGUGUCUGAAGUAUGUGACCUAUGAUCCAAAUUAUAAUUACGAUGCAGAAGAUGAACAGGAGGACUUCAUGGAUAUUGAAGAUGGAGGGUAUGAAGAGCAAGAAUCUGAUGAUGAAUACAGUGAUGAUGAUGAUAUGAGCUGGAAGGUAAGGCGCUCAUCUGUAAAGUGUCUGGAGGCGGUUAUCAGCAAUCGUAGAGACAUGCUGGUGGAACUUUAUGGGAAUGUAUGCCCAGUUCUAGUGUCAUGUUUCAAGGAACGAGAGGAAAAUGUCAAGUCAGACAUUUUCUUGGCCUUUGUGGCUUUACUGCGGCAGACAAAAUCCACUCAUAGCUCUGCUCUAGAUCUUGGAACUAAGGAAGACCCUGCAAUUACCCUUUUGAAGAAACAGGUCCCAACAGUAAUAAAGGCCUUACAGAAACAACUGAGGGAGAAAAGCAUGAAAUCCAGACAAGGCUGUUUCAUCAUUUUAACAGAGAUUGCCCUUGUUCUUCCAGGGUCAUUAGGGGAGCACAUACCUUCUCUUAUCCCAGGCAUCAUUUACUCACUCACAGACAAGUGUGCUUCCUCCAACAUGAAGAUCGAUGCACUCUCCUUUCUUCAUGUUCUUAUGUCCAGCCACAGCCCAGAGUUCUUUCACCCACACAUUAAAGUAAUCCUACCACCAGUAAUUUUUUGUGUUGAAGACCCUUUCUACAAAAUCACAUCUGAAGCGCUUCAAGUGACUCAGCAAAUGGUCAAGAUGAUGCGCCCCCUGGAUAAACCGUCUUCUUUUGAUUCAAAUCCCUAUGUUAGGGAUGUCUUCAACAGUACUUUAAAGAGGUUAAAAGCAGCAGAUAUUGACCAGGAAGUUAAGGAGAGGGCUAUUUCCUGCAUGGCCCACAUUAUAAGUCACUUGGGGGACCAGUUGGGAGGAGACCUUAAACCAACCCUACAGAUCUUUUUGGAGAGACUAAAGAAUGAAAUUACCAGGCUCACAGCUGUAAAAGCUUUAUCCAUCAUUGCCACAUCUCCACUUAAGGUUGACAUAAGACCUAUUUUGACAGAAGUGAUUCCAGUUCUUGGAUCAUUCUUACGAAAGAAUCAGCGUGCUCUCAAGCUAAACACGUUAACAACCCUAACUAUCAUUGUUACAAACUACAGUGACAGUUUCAAACCCCCUUUACUAGAGUCAGUUUUGAAUGAAUUACCUGCUUUGGUUCAGGAGAGUGAUAUGCAUGUCUCCCAGGUGGCUAUCAUGCUUGUUACAUGUAUGGCCAAAGUUUGUCCAUCAUCUUUAGCCAAGAUAGGUGGCACUAUUUUGCCUGAAGUAUUUCACUUGGUCCAUUCUCCACUGCUUCAAGGAGGUGCUCUUGGUUCCAUCAUUGAGUUCUUACAAGCCCUAGUUUUGACUAAGGCCAGCAAUACAGGGUACAAUGAUCUCAUAAAAGCUUUGACAGGUCCAUUCUAUAAAUCUAAAUCACCUGACUCCAUGCCAAUCCAUAGACAGUCCUAUUACUCAGUUGCAAAGUGUGUGGCCGCACUGGCUUUGCUAUGUCCCAAAGAAGCUUCUGGAACAAUUACCAAUCUCACUAUGGAUGUGAAGAACCAAAAGACGUCAGAGUCUGAGAUCCUGUCUUUUCUUUGUCUUGGAGAAGUGGGGCGUUCUAUGAAGCUUGGAGCCCACAAGGAGUUAAAGACUGUCAUAAUUGAUGCUUUUAGUUCUCCCAAUGAAGAGGUGAAAUCUUCAGCUUCAUGUGCACUAGGCAACAUCUGUGUGGGAAAUAUUGAUGAGUAUCUUCCAUUCUUAUUAAAAGAAAUUGGUAGUCAGCCUAAAAGACAGUACCUUCUUCUUCAUUCAUUAAAAGAAGUGAUAAGUGCUUUGUCAGUUGAGAGUCUCAAGCCUCACGUAGAGAGCAUUUGGUCUCUGCUUUUCAAGAAUUGUGAAUGUCCAGAAGAAGGUAUACGUAACGUUGUGGCAGAAUGUCUAGGGAAACUUACACUUGUCAACCCAUCUGAGCUUCUGCCCAGACUUAAGAAGCAGUUAUCCACAGGUUCAGCUCUUGCCCGUAGUACCGUUGUGACUGCUGUGAAAUUCACAAUUGUAGAUCAACCCGUGACCAUUGAUCCACUCCUUAAAGAAUGCAUAGGUGAUUUCCUAAAAACCAUCCAGGACACAGAUAUUAAUGUAAGGCGUGUUGCCUUGGUGAUGUUCAAUUCAGCUGCCCAUAACAAACCUGGUCUGAUACGGAGUCUUCUAACUACAGUUCUGCCAAACCUUUACAAGGAAACACAAAUCAGGAAGGAACUAAUUCGAGAGGUAGAGAUGGGUCCUUUUAAACACACAGUGGAUGAUGGGCUAGAUGUGCGUAAAGCAGCUUUUGAAUGCAUGUAUACUCUACUGGACAACUGUCUGGAGUGUCUGGACAUCUUUGAGUUCCUCAACCAUGUGGAGGAAGGCCUAAGAGACCACUAUGACAUUAGAAUGUUAACCUUCAUCAUGCUGGCUAGACUUGCCUCUUUGUGUCCAUCUGCUGUUGUCCAAAGGUUGGACCGUCUAGUGGAGCCCCUCAGAGCCACAUGUACUACAAAGGUAAAAGCUGGCUCUGUGAAGCAGGAGUUUGAGAAGCAGGAGGAGCUGAGGCGAUCUGCAAUGCGUGCAGUGGCCGCUCUUCUUUCCAUCAGAGACGUGGAGAAAAGCCCUGCGAUGGCCGACUUUGCGACACAGAUCAGAACCAAUGCAGAGAUGGCCACCAUUUUUGAAAGUGUUCAGGGAGACCCCAUAUCGGGGGCUGUGGAGUCAAUGGACACUAGUUAGGACUUUUAGGCAUGAGGCUUUUUAGGCACUUUGUGAUUAAUAGAAAUUACAGUGGUAUUUGGUGUGAAUGAUUUAGCAUCACAAUUGUACUGAUGAACAUAAGUUAAAGCAUAAUCACAACAAAUUUAACAUUGCAAUUGUCAAAAAAAGAAAUGAGCACAAGUCUAACCAGAUCAUUUAGACAAAAUAAAAAGUUAUCGUCCCUAGACGCAUUAAACGGUGCAAAACCACUAACUUGCACAACAUCCUCAGAGUCAACUAGUCAACAACUCAAAUGUCAGUAUGUCAGUAUGAACCAGAGGUGGCAAAAGUACACACAUACUUCACUUAAGUAGAAGUACAGAUACUCUGGU